AUGGAAGGUUUUACUGAGUUGUUUAGUUAUCUUAUGAAGUACUGUGAUACUGUUGCUGAGUUUGAACAUUAUUGGCCAAGAUUCAUUAAGAACUAUAAGUGUGAGAAGAAUGUAUGGUUUAAUAAUUUGUAUGUGAUUAGAGAGCAUUGGUGCCGUGCGUAUUCUAAGGAUUCUUUCUCUGGUGGAGCUUUGUCUUCUCAAAGGAGUGAAUCGACUAAUAAUUCUAUUAAAGAUAGGUUGAGGAAGACAUAUGGUUUAUGUGAUUUUUAUCACUUGUUUUUAGAUGUUAUAUCUGCAUGGCGAAGCAAAGAAAGUCACCAUGAUUAUCGUGUAUUGAGGGGAAAUCGGCAUAUGGCUGCUACCAAUGUUAGUAUACUUGUGCAUGCAAGGAAGGUGUACACUGGUUAUCUAUAUGUGAAGUGUGAGGAGCAGUUUUUGAGAGGAAUUUCAUUGAAUCAGGAACGUACAUUUGAAGAUGCAGAAAAAGUUGUUUAUCUGUUAUGGAAGCCUGCUACAGCUGAUUUAAUAAGGCAUGAGGUUACGUUUAACAAAAUUACAUUUGAGUCCAAUUGUACAUGCAAGCAUUUUUCUGAAGUGGGUUUAUUGUGUUCUCAUAUUCUUCAUAUAUAUAGUAUACAUUGUGUUGAUAUGUUACCUGAGCAAUACAUUUUGAAGAGGUGGACGAAAGCAGCUAUUCGCAACGUUGUUGUGGAUGAACAAUCCUCCAAAGCAAAUGUUGUUCCCGCUUCUGUUUGCAGAUUUCAAACUAUGAGGAAGUUUGUUCGUUUGGUUACAUCUUGUCAAGAUUUCCUUGAAGCUAGAGUAGAAAUUGAUACCGCAUUUGAUUUGUUAAGGCAAAAGGUUGAGAGUGUUAGGGAGCCGGUUGAGGGCAUUGAUGUUCCUGGUCACGAUGGAAAGGAUGGUCCAUCCAUUAAAGAUCCAAAAAGGCGUAGGAAAAAGGGUGAGACAAACGAGAUGCCUAAGGGUAUUGUUGAGAAGGAGUGUAACAAAAAGAAGGCUUGGAGGAAAUGUGCUGAAAAACAUGCUGAAAAUGUUAAAGCUAAAGCCCAAGCUUCUGUUCAGGAGUUUGAUGCUUUGGGAAAUCCUCUCCUUUAUUCUCAUCCAAGUUCUGGCUCAGAGUUGUGUGUAUUAGGUUCAUCCCUUGAGAAUGGUAUUUCUGGAAAGAGUGUAGUACCUAAUUGUGUUCAGGAGGAUAUUUGUGGUAAGAAAGCAAUACCAGAUGUUGUGGACUCUUUGAAAUGUUUUGUCCAGGGUGGUUUUGGUUCUCAAUCUAAGAAAAGGAAAGGAAUAUAUUCGACAUGCGCUCCAAUUUCUGCUAACACGGAAUUGAAUUCUCCUGCUGCUCGUGUAUCGCUUUAUGACGAGAUUAUGGCCAAUUUUGAUAAAUAA